CCUGCCUGCUUGUACGCGUCGUGUUACUUUUUUUUGUGGGCAUGCAUGCACGAAGAUGAAUCAGUGAACAUUAAUAUUUUUUUAUUUGGCUUGCAUCAAUUGACGCUCAAACACUGUCCGUCCGUCCGUGCUCUUGCAGAAGAAAGUCAUCAUCAUUCUUUCUCUUCUCGAUGUUCAUACCGCCAUCACUAGGCCAAUCCGUCUGAUCGCAAGGAGCACAUUGGACUGUCCUUUUUUUAUUCCAGUAAUAUUCAAUUCGCAAUUAUAUUGGCCCUAUUCAUGGGACCUAGUCCAACGAUUGAGAAGAGGUAAAGCAACCACCCGAUCACCUUCACUGGUUGGCUCAGAAGGUACAUCCACAUCCACUUCUAGAAUUUGGUGAGCGUUUGUCAACUUCUCGUUCUUGCAUUGUAGGAUGGAAUGGUGAUCUCGCUACAAGAUGGUUGUCGAAUUAGCCAGAUAUUUGGUGGAACAGAUUGCUGCUGAUGGAGAUGAAGGUUCAUCUGUCGAACGGUUGAAUUCUUUUAUCGAUGAAUAUGAGCAGCAAAAGGCAAAACAUGAAGAGCAAAUACAAUUUGAUCGACAUGCGCGGGAUUAUGCAAUCGCGAUCGCAUUGCAGCAUCCAACCAUUCAUGCCGGAAGCUUCGUCGGCUCUUCGUCCUCCAUUGUCAAGCAAGAGAAAAUAAAUGGAGCAACUAAAAUGAAAGCUGGUGAUGAUUCAGAUGAAGACAAUGAUGAGAAUGAAAAUCAAGGAGGAGCUUCAGGAACAGCUUCAAAAUUCAUCAAUGAGGAUAUCGAAGCCCGUGAGAUUGAUUUCAUCACUCUUCAACAAAGACAUGGCGAUAAGUUGCGUCUUUUUGCUGACGAAAAAUCAAUCACAAGGGCGAUUUCGGGGAAUCAAGCUCCAUUGACUCCGAAUUUGCGUACAGUCAUGGUGUAUAUCAUGCGUCAAAGAGGGCAAGGUGCUUCAUUUCCUCAAAUCAUGUCCAACCUAAAGAUCACGAAUUCAAAUUUGUAUUUGCAAAUGCUUAACCUACUCGAAAAAGGAUUGGUUUAUAAACUCAGGAACAGUAUGCACAAUCAUCUUAUUGCAAAAAAGUUCGCCCAUCUCAGCUCAUACUACAACUCACACGAAAUGAUCCUCGAUGGCUCUAUAGAACAAAACGGAGAAAGGGCCGAAGCUAAACAAGAGGAACAUAAUGAAGAAGAAGACGUGACUUUGCAGCAUGUGACUGAAGAAGAUAUGGCAGGCCAGAUGACCUUACAGAAUGAUGAGGAGCGUGAUACUAGCAGAACGGGAGUUGAAGACGAUCCACGAGAAGUAUACGAGGAUGUCGAAGGUGAUCAAUCUAUGGUGCAGCCCUCUGCAAGUGAGCUGAACACUCAAAGCGGUACUUCCGCCUUUCCACAAUUACCAAACGAAGACGCAAUCGCUGCUCUGAUAAAUAAUAAGAUGCGAAUGCGUGAACGUAUCUUACGUUUACUCGUCGAAUCGCCAAAAGGAAUCAUUUUACGUCAAGGGCUUACUUUUCGACUCGGCUUACGAUUAGAAUAUGCCACUCAAGGUCGUGCUGUCGUUCGAGCCGUUGAGGAAAUGCAAAACCGUGGUUUAUUACACUGUCGCACUUUUAAGAUUGACUUGAACGGAACACCACAAAACAGUCGUUGCUUGGUCUUGACUGAGGAAGGUCUUGCUCAAUAUAAUCGUCAAAAGACGUCCGUACACGAAAAACAUAUCACUUCCCUGAAAGCAAAUUUGCAAGAGCAAGCUGAGGUAUAUGGCCAAAGUGGUAUUCAGGCGGAAGUCCCAUUUGAAAGACAGCUAAUGGAGGAAGUCGCACGCUCAGGUCCGAAUGGAACGACGAUCGAGGAUUUGAAUCGCUUCUUUGGAGGCAAUGAGACUCGCAGACGUGAUAUUGACCGAAUUUUGAAUACUGCAAAGACACAAGUGACACUUCCCCAGUACUCUGAUCUAUUCAUAUCCUCUGCUUUGGGCCAAGAAGGAAGGAAGAGGAUUGGCAGGUUCAGGGUGCGACAAUGGCUUUCAUAUCAAGUCUCUGGCAAGGCGAGCGUGGAGAAGUUGAAGUUGUCAGAUCUAAGGUCAUCUAUCAAAAAAAUGCCCGAAAUUCGAUUGAAUGAGAGUGAUGUAGGCAAUUUUGUGCACCACAAUAACACACCAAAGACGCGAGGCCCUGGUAAAAAGCAAACAGCUUCGGCACAAUCAACUCCUGCCAAGGCUAAAGGAAGGCCUAGAAAGGAUUAUUCUACAAAAGCUUUAGCAGCUGCUGCUCGUUAUCGUGCCAAAAAAGGUCUGCCUGAUGAGAAUGGUGAUGGUAUGCUUGCUUCAGCAUCAACACCUGAAGUCACUCGGAAACGAGGACGACCUCGAAAGCUAGCAAGAAUCGAGACCGACUCCGGAGCAGAGCUGACGACGCAGGACCAUGAAAAGAGUACGAACAAUCCUGAUGAAUCAUACCCUGUCCUGCAAUCAGAGACAGGAGAUGCAGAUGCAACAGUGACGUCUACAGCAAAUGAGCCAGGUGAGAACAUGGAGGAUCGUACACAGGCACCUGAAGAUGAGCCAGAUCAAGUUAUGGAAGAUCUCCCACGUGCGCCUGAAGAAGAAGACGAAGAUUUGACUGUGGAACAAUCUCACAAAGAUGAUGACAGACCCGUUGAUCGAACAGUCGACAUUGUCAUGGUGGGAGGUAGUAGGAACAAUAGGGCGCCUCGGUUUAAUGUAUCGAUGCAAGCCAAGUAUGAACUGCUCUUGGAAUUCUUUGAAAGAGCUCAAAUCGUCAUUGCCAGAAGAUUCGAUAAAGAGUAUUCCGAUUUCGUUGCAAAUGCAACUAUGACUGAUUUCAAGCGCAAGAAUUCGAAAAUGGAUGUGAAAGUAAGAAAGAAGCUGUUGGCUGCUUUGAUUGAGAAUGGAAAAAUUGUACGUCAAUUCACUUCUAUCAAAAUUGCAAACCGAGACACCAAGCAAACUUUGCUCUUCUUGAAAGGUCUUUCCGGUCAAAGGAUCAGCGAAUAUUUGGAGAACGCAAAGCAAACCAAUUUGCUGGAGGCCAGUCGAGGUGAUGACAGAGUUCAUCGCUAUGUCUCGGACAACACCAUUCUGAAAGAGGGUGAUCUGGAAAUUCCUCUUGCAGGCUCAGUGCUGGGAGCGUAUCGCAUGAACUUCGAGACCAGCAGUCUAGAUGAUCUCUUAUCCAAUCCCAGAUUCCGUGCUCAGAUUAUCAAACAUCCUCAUAUCAGAUCAGCCUUCACGGGUCGAUUUGAAGGACUGGUAGCUCGAGCAAGACUAGUCCAUCAAGAGACCUGGAAGAUGCUCAAUCAUCCUCCCAGCGAGAACAUGUAUCAAUUCAUCAAGGGCGACAAUGUGGUUGAUUUGGCCUGUUGGGCAUUUGAGCCCAGACUUCAAUCAUAUUUACAACUUGCCACAGCACCUCAAGACAAUGGUCUUUUCUCCGCCAGUCAAAAUGCUAGACUUCUUGAACGGCCCCUCUCAAGUUUGGACAAAAAGCUGCGUGAUUCGCUCGAAUUGAGCGACGAUGGCGAUGGUGGAGGUGCAGGAUGUCGUCGAACUUUGGCACCAGUCAUGAAAUUCCUUUGCGAAAUGCAGCUUGCGGUGCCGGUAUCGUAUAUCGGCCAUGAUGAGUAUGCUCCGGUAGAAUGGGAUGAAAAUUACAUGCUGUAUAAAUUCGCACCAGUAUUCGAGAAGCCGAUCUGGAACGCGGAAGGUCACUUCGAGCCGCAUCUGGACAGAAUGAAGUUCACAAGUCAGAUUGACGUACACCUCUUUUGGGGCAAAUUGGACGAAUUUCGCAAAGGAAGAAUUACCGGCAUUCCGGAUGAGCCAAAUAAUCCAGACGAUCCAGAAGAGGUUCAGUGGAUUAACAAUGCAAAAAUUCUUAAAUCUUCGUCGGCUUGGGACACCUCUUAUCGUCUUUUCAAAGCUCAGAAAGCAUUUUUCGAACAAGCUCGGCGUUUGGGCAUCAAUGCAAGUCACAUUGACGAUCAUGUCAUGUUGAAGAAGCUGAGCUAUGCCAGCGUAACACCUAUCGUUUUUGUCCAGCAGCAUCUUCGCAGAGUAUUCGGCUUGGCAGAAAUCAAGAAAGCGAAAACAGAUCGUAAGACAGAAGAAAUGCACAAUCUCAUUAGCAACAAGUUUAGACGAGGAGAGAGAGCACCAGCACAAGGUCGCACGCGGGUGACAGGACCAUUGACCUUGAAUCAAGUAAAAAGACAAGAGAACAGAAUCAAAAGACGGGCAAGAGAAUUGCGUGAACAGCGUGGAGAUGAGUUUGAUAACCUUCUUGAUACUUUCUUCUCACGGCAUGAUAUUGCAGGAGAAGAGAGAGAUCAAUUUACCAAAGGAAUGGCCACUGCUCGUGAAGCAUACAGCAAUGGUGCCGCUCAUAUGAAGAUAGAUGAGGUAAAGGCACUGUUGCAAGCCAUUCAAGAUUUCAUCGAGACGGGAGAAACGGGCACUUUCCGGUCAAUGGUACGUAGCAAGGCACCAAAAAGAGACAGGAGUAAGAAGAAUCGAGUUAUCAUCAGAAGUUUCAAUGAGAGGAGGAAGUCGCGCAAAUCUGUAUUUGAAUGGUCGCUGGAGGCUGAUGAACUUUUACGUGAUUGCUGCGUGAUUUUAAGGGCUCGUGAUCAAGACCGUCAUCCCACUGGAAACGUUCGCAAGAAUUGGAAAGCGUUGUUACGCAUAUUUCCUUUUUGCACUAUGACUGCUCUUCACAGAAGAUUUGAAAAGCUGAAAAGUGCAGUAGGAGAAGAAGCAUAUCUUGCUCAAUUGGAGGUGGAAUGGACGAAGUUGUGGUUUGCAUUUCGCCAAACUGAUGUUUUGCCAGACGAUGAUCCAAAAGAUGCUGUUGCUUUUGACCUACAAGUACACGUUGACUUCUUGAGAGAAAGGAUUGACAAAUUCGCCGUUUUGGAAACGCUACGGAAUGGUACAAAUGAAUCGUUGCCCUUGAAUGUUCAAAAUCUUGAUCUACUCUACGAUUUGGAUCGCCCGCCUCAUACGCAUCUUGUUCUUGACAAUGCCAACGUCAUCACAAGACACUACGCGGGAGAUGGAGCAGGUGACCUACGAACGGAUCAUCUCCUCCGUGCAGCAUUUUCAACGUUUAUGCUUGACGGCACACUUGCACCCAAAAGUUCAAUGCAAGAACAAGGGACCUUUGAAAGCAGAAAGAAAUCGCAAGAAGCAUAUGCGUUAAAGAGGAUGUUCUUGAGCACGGCAGACCAAGCGUACGACGAAGCACUAUCGCAAAAGCUCAAUGAGAUUAAUGGUGUUGAAGAACAAAAUGUCAAACAAGCUAGGAAUCAUCUUAUCUCUGCACGCUUGUGUAAGCCAAAAGAGCAUGAAGAAGGUAGGCAAGUAGAAGGCGAUCCGGACCAAUGGACUAGCGAAUGGAUCUCUUUUAUGAGCGAUCAAAACUUUGAAACGAUUCCCACUUGGCAAAUCACGGAAAGCGCAAUAGAGCGUGCUACAGCUCUCUCUACAAGUAUACAAAAUGGCAAUACAGACAAAUGUUUGGAAGUUUAUCGUGCUUCGGGUAAUGUCGAAACGGCAGCCGGCAUUCUCCUGGCCGAUAGAGGUAAUGUUGACGUGGAGAUCGAUUUGUCGCCUGUCUCUCGCCUCAGCUCCAAUCACAUUUUCAAUGCCAAGAAGACAACGGAUAUGCAGCUGGAAGUACCGGUCAGAGUAAAGGCUGAACAAGGUGAAUUGUUGAGCAAUAUGCUUGGUGGCAUUUCAAAAGAGCAAGAAACUCUAUUGGAAAAGAUACCAAAAGAAGAAGCUGUUCUAGAAUGGGCUAAAGACGAUUUUGAUACUGCCAAGAAAGCCAAUCGCUGGGAGAAAGCGUGCAAAUCAUGGUUGAGAACAAGUACACUUGCUAAGAAAAGUAAGUCGGAAGCGACUGCAAUCUUGGAACGUGUGAAAUCUGCCGGGCCAGAAGGUAUUGCUCGAUCAAACGUCAAAGCCAUCUGUGUAGACGAAGGUUUCUCGCUGGAUCUUGCGGCUGAUUUGAUUGUCGAUUUACUUCAAACUUCUCCUGCUCUUGCAUUUGAGGCAGGCUGGGACGAAUCCAAGCUUGUUGCAUCAAUCUAUGUGAAUGAUUGGACAAUGACUAUUCUGGAUGAAUCGCAAACCUCACAAAAUGCGAUUAUUCCUCGUCCAUGGUUCGAUAUGUAUGGAAGGCCGAUCGAAAGGAUUUGGCGUGAUUGUUGUGCGCUGGUGUUACAGGCAAUCACGAUCAAUCCAGGCUUAACAUUAUCCCAACUUAUUUGUCAAUUACAAAGGGAAGGUGCACUGACAAGGAUGGAUGUUUGCUAUUUGAUUCGAUGCGCUCAUCAAGAAGGAUUGAUCGAAUUUGUUUCCGCUUACGAUCCUACACAGAUCGGCGAAAAGGUAUUUUGGAUGGCAAAUAAUGACGAUGAAGUGGGUUUGGUGAACAAAAAUUGUUUGAUAUGAUUAUCCAAAUUGUACAGUACAGAAAAGGUGUUUAUUAUUAAUACAGAAUGCGAU